AUGAAUAGACCGCCACAGGGCCGUGGUCAGCCACGGGUGGGUGCGACUUGGUAUCCAGGGGGCCAAGAUGACUUCUACAUGCCAGAGGUCAUCUCCCCCUCCCCCCAAAGGGUCAUGCCUGAAGUCCCCGAAAACAUGCAGGAUAAUAUCGCGCAACUAGAGCACCACGCUCGGGACCCCCGCCGCGUCCAGCAACCACAGCAACAACAAUACCAGCAGCCGCCGCCGGGCCAGUACCGCACUCAGUUCCCCGAGCGCACUUCCUCUGCUGUUCAAGGCCAACCGCAACAACAGCCGCAGGUGCAUGAUCCAGGCGCGUACGCGCAGUCAGCGACCUAUGACAGCAUGGAUCACCCCAACUUCUCGCCCUUCCCCGUUUUGCGGAAUCCACCCCCGAACGUCCCACCUACGGACGAGCAGCGGGAGGCCAGCCUAGAGCGCGCCCGGAUGGCUGUGUUGUCGACCACAGACCCGGAGAUGCAAUUGGCAUGGGCCCAGGACGCGCUGGCGUAUGUGGAAGUGGCUGCGCAAAAUGAGGCCCGGUUGUCGGUGACGCAGCCCCCGCGGCCACACACUCCCCAGGGGGAACGCCAGUUAAAGACUGACGCCUUAAAUAUUGUCACUUUCCUGGCGGAACAGCAUCAUCCCAAGGCCGAGUUCAUCAAAGGUAUGUGGCUCGAGUUUGGCAAGUUCGGUUUUCGGGUGGAUCGCAAAGGAGCGUUUCGAUGUUAUUCGAGAGCGGCAGAGAAGGGGUAUGCGCGCGCAGAAUACCGAAUUGGAAUGCAGUUUGAGAGCUCGGGAGAGCCCGAGAAGGCGACCAAGCAUUACGAGCGGGGCGUUGCGAUGGCAGAUUCCGCUUCAUACUACCGUCUGGGAAUGAUGAUUCUCCUCGGUCAGCACGGCCAACGCCAGGACUUCCAAAGAGGCCUGGAGUACAUCCGCUUGGCGGCGCAAUCUUGCGACCAAAAUGCUCCACAGGGAGCCUACGUAUAUGGAAUGCUGCUAGCUCGGGAACUUCCUCAAGUGAGCGUGCCUGAAGCCUUCCUUCCUCUGGACCUCAAUAUCUCUCGUGUCAACAUCGAAAAGGCCGCCUAUCAUGGAUUUGCCAAGGCUCAGGUGAAAAUGGGUGCUUCAUAUGAGUUGUGCCAGCUAGGGUGUGAUUUCAACCCGGCCCUCUCCCUGCACUACAAUGCUCUAGCAGCGCGCCAGGGCGAGCCUGAAGCAGAGAUGGCCAUUAGUAAAUGGUUCCUCUGUGGACAUGAAGGCGUAUUCGAGAAGAACGAUGAGUUGGCAUUUACCUAUGCGCAGCGGGCGGCCCAAAGUGGUCUUCCCACUGCUGAAUUUGCCUUAGGUUACUUCUAUGAGGUCGGAAUCUUCGUUCCUGUGGACAUCAAAGAAGCUCGAAGUUGGUACGCCAAAGCCGCUGCCAGCGGCAACAAAGAUGCAUCUGGCCGGAUCGAUAGUAUCUCUCGCUCUAAGACUCUUUCACGGAGGGACCAUGAGAAGGUUGCUAUCUCUCGCAUCAAAUCAACCCGGCAUGCGCACCAGCGUGGUAAUUCUUUGGACCCAACCCCAGAAAACAUCGAGAUGCCCGAUCCUUCGCGAAUGACUCUCUCCGAUUCCCCUUCGGCUGCGGCUCCCUACCCCGACCGUUCCACCCCCGCCCUCGACCGGGUCAGCCAAGUUAUCAAAUGCCUGAUCCUCGGCCCAGCUCCGCGUUCGGGGUCAAUCCGAAUCUACGGACGAAUGGCCCCCAAGGUUACGGUAAUUCUUCGGGCCCCCCAGGCCCUCGUAAUCCAGCCUAUGGCCCUGGACCGAUGGGUUAUCGCCAGCCUGGUCCUGGGACUCCAGUGA